AUGCCCGACCCCUUCACCCUGAGGCAGAAGCCGCCUUACCAAAGUACCAUGCAAAUUUUCGCCGCCAAGAAGUCCGACGGCAAUCGCGACAUCUUGAAAAACGUAGGUGGCCGGUCUGGACAGACCUGCGCGUUCAGAUGCGUCGCGGAACUGGUACGGGGCGACGGCAUACAGUUUAGGAUUGGCCGCUUUGCCGCCCUGCGCGCGCUGGAGAAGCUGGAAGGCGACGAGCUGCGCCGCCACGCCGUGGAGAACCGCGUCGAGGGCCGCGAAAACUUGCGCGACGGGCAUGGCGAACGCUACGGCCUCACGGCCUGGGCCCCGACACUCCGCGACGUCGACCCCUGUUUCCUCAGCAGCGUGCUCGGGUCGAUCGCGGUUUCAAACGCCAGGGGUUUCGGCUUGGCGUGGAGUGGCAGGGCGCGCGUUGGACAGAGCGCUGGAUAUAAGACUUUGGCCUUCAUGAUGGGCCGCGUGGAGAUCGAGGCGCUGGGGCAGCGUGGAGAAGCCAAGGCGGGCGAACUUGCCCUGGCGAUUGCGACCGCCAA